AUGGCACCCUUGAAAGAAUUCAGCGCCAGCGAAGUGGCUACUCACAACUCAAAGAACGAUCUUUUUGUUAUAAUUCAUGGAAAAGUCUACGAUAUCACAGGCUAUGUGCGAGACCACCCCGGUGGUGCGGAUGUGUUGCUAGACGUCGCCGGUACAGAUGCAACAUCUGCAUAUGAGGAUGUCGGUCACUCAGAGGAUGCAAAUGAGAUCCUGGAGACAUACCAAAUCGGUACUGUCAAGGAUGCACACGAAUUUGUCCAGCGCAAGGUUGUUCGUGUAAUCAAGCCAACCUCUUCCGCUAGAGAGACACCAAAGAAGUCAUCGACGGUCCUCAAAACUGCCACUACAAUUACUGCCACACUUGCUGCUUCUGCACUGGUCUACGUCUCUUCCAAGAAUCACCGAGCCCUGACUGAAUUCAUCGCAAAGAACUCCCCGACCUCCCUACACAUCCCCGAGGUUCGCAUUCCAUUUGCAAGCCUUCUGCAGGGUGGAUUUAUGACUGGAGUCACUGCUGCCACCCUGGCCUGCGCGUCUAUUGGCGGUGCUAUCGCAGUCAAACUCUCAAAGUUCACCGAAGUCGAGUCUGGUUUCACAAAGUACCGUCCGUACAUCAAAGCUUCGACAAUGAAGAAGCUGGACCCACACCUCGUGAAGGGCUUCCUCGAGCCCAAGACCUACAAAAAGCUCCCUCUUCUUCAGAAAGAUCUAUUAGCCCCCAAUGUGUACCGCUUUGUCUUCCAACUGCCCAAUACACGGGAUGUGAUUGGACUCCCAAUCGGCCAGCACGUUGCUAUCAAAGCAAUGGUCAACGGUGCUGCUGUCUCGAGGUCCUACACCCCGACGUCCAAUAACCUGGAUCUUGGGAAGCUGGAGCUUGUCAUUAAAUGCUACCCCGAUGGCCUUCUGACCGGACAAUACCUCGCGUCUUUGGAAGUUGGCGACAAGGUGGAAUUCCGUGGCCCGAAGGGCGGCAUGAAAUAUCACCGCGGCCUUUGCAAGAAAAUUGGUAUGAUCGCCGGUGGAACCGGAAUCACCCCGAUGUACCAACUUAUUCGCGCCAUUUGUGAGGAUGAUCGGGAUACGACCGAAGUCAGCCUGAUCUAUGCCAACCGAAGCGAAGAGGAUAUUCUUCUUCGUCGCGAAUUGGAGGCUUUUGCUCGAGGAUAUCCCAAGAACUUUAAGCUCUGGUACAUGCUUGACCAUCCUUCUGAAAACUGGGCUUAUGGCUCGGGAUACGUUACACCAGAAGUCAUGGCCGCGAGGUUGCCUGGGCCAGCACCUGAUACUAAGAUCAUGCUUUGUGGACCACCAGGUAUGGUGAAUGCUUCGAAGAAGGGCUUGGUGGCUGCGGGCUUCAAGGCUCCUGGCGCCGUCGGAAAGAUGAGCGACGAGAUCUUCUGCUUCUAG